AUGGCCGCUUCUCCAUCAGGAAUGAUACAGGCGACGCUCAACUACUUCUUAGACCCCAAGGAUGGUGGCACUAUUGACCACUACGAAGGUUCUGUAGGCGAGAAGCGCCGGAAGCAUGCGCCAUUUGUAGUCGACAUAAAAGACAUUCGCGGACGCGAGAAAGAUUUCACUCUCGACAGCCACGGCUUUCAGCUCGUGAAGAAGGAAUUCACGGAGCAGACAUUCGACGAUGAAGAUCGCAUCAGAGAGCAAUACUAUCCCGAAGUGGCUGACCUGGUCAAACGACUAACGGGCGCAACGAAAGUCGUCCCUGGCCAGCAUGUUGUUCGCCGCCAGUCAUGGAUCUCAGCAUUUGAGGAAGAAAAGAAUUUGCCAAACGAUGCACGGUCAGUAGGUCCAAGUAACGCUAGAUGGGUCCAUUGUGAUCUCACAUUCGAAGGAGCGCGAGAGCGCGUCAAAAAGCUCUGCCCAGAAUACGCAGACAAAUUGCACAAAUAUCGCUGGGCAACAAUCAACGUCUGGAAACCAUUCGAUCAUCCAGUUACGCGUGAUGGAUUAUGCUUUGCCGACCCUUCCAGCAUUCGCGACGAUGAGCUGCGAACCAUCAACUUGUAUCUCCCCUCUCGGCGUGACAGCGCUCAGCAAGAUAGCGACAAAGAUGGAGCCGACGGAAAACACUGGAACGAUGUCGUUCAGAGUUGGCAAUGUGCUCCUCCUGCUACGCGCGAUCAACAUAAGUGGUACUACGCGUCUGAAAUGAGACCAGAUGAGGUGCUGUUGUUGAAGAUCUCGGACUCGAAGAAAGGCGUUGCGGAUAAGUCGUUGCAUACAAGCUUUACGAGUGAGUAUGAUCAUGGUCCGGAGAGGCAUAGCAUUGAGGUGAGGUGUAGAGUAAUCUGGGAGGAUCAGUCAUCGGACUAG